AUGGGUCGCGUUCGAACUGCUUGGAAGGCAUGGACGCCUAUGCUGGUGUUCAGCUGCUUCUGCCUUGUUGUCGGUGACAUGCUCUUCGGCUUCGACACUGGUUCCUUCGGAGGUAUCCUUGCUAUGCCCGGUUUGAGCCAUUUUGUCCGUCUGCACAGGAAAAUGACUAACCCACAGGGCUUCCUGAACCAGUUUGGCACUGAGACGAACGGGAAGUGGGCACUGACGCCUCUACGGACGUCCCUGUUGUCCUCCCUCGCGUUCAUCGGUAAAGCCAUUGGUUGCUUGGGUGCAGGGCCGCUCAUCGAGUGGCUUGGUCAUCGCAAGGUCUUUGUUAUCCUGUGCAUCAUCUCCUGCAUCGGUGUCAUCAUCGAGAUCACGUCUGCAGACACGGCACUCGGGUCCGGCCGCCUCGCCCAGUUCAUCGUCGGGCGCAUCAUCGUCUACAUCUCUGUCGGACUGGUCGAAAUCUGCAUCUCAACCUACCAAGCGGAGAUUGUGCCGGCGCCCCUGCGUGGCUUUACAGUGUGUUCAUUGCAGCUGUUCCUGAACGCCGGCGGCCUGUUAGCGACAGGCGUCAAUAAGGCCUUCUCCAAGGAUGACACAAGCCGCGGCUGGAAGACGGUCACGGGGAUUCAGUUCGUGUUCCCCGUGCUGAUCAUGGCUUUUGUGCCUUUCCUCCCCGACAGUCCCCGCUGGCUUCUGUCAAAGGAUCGGCCAGCUGAUGCCCUGCAUUCGAUGCGCCGCCUGCGAACUCGAGAAGAGGUCGCAUCUGGUGCAUGCGCGGAGGAACUAGCCGUGAUCCAGGUCCAGCUGCAACAGCGAGUGCACAAGGCGUCGUGGCUCGACUGCUUCCGAGGCACGAACGCCCGCCGCACCGGGCUUGUCAUCGCAUACUACAUCUACCAGCAGAUCACGGGCCAGGCCUGGGUCUCGACGUACCAGACCGUUUUCUACAAGGAGAACGGGUACGCGGACCAUGCCUUCACCUACCCCAUCAUCUCGAGCUGUCUCAGCGUGCUCGCCGUGUUGCCGUGCAUGUACUUCUCAGACGUGCUCGGGCGUCGCAAAGUGCUCCUGGGCAGCUUCUUCUUCCAGGCCUUGUGGCUUUGCCUCUUGGCCGGUAUCGGCGAACGGUCCAACAAGACGGAAUCAAUGAAGGAGGCAUGCGUUGCGUUCUUCAUGCUGUUCGCUGUAUCCUAUUCUCUCGGCGGUGCCCCGGUACCAUAUCUUCUCGGCGCCGAACUGCCGAACCACUCUCUCCGCGAGAAGACGUCGACGAUCGGCACCACCAUCAAUGUCGUGUUCGCGUUCGCGACCAACUUCUCCAUCCCCUACAUGAUGAAGGCCCUCCACUUCCGAGUUGGCUGGAUCUUUGGCGGCAUCUCGAUAUCCGCCCUGGUAUUCACCUUCCUCUUCCUCCCCGAAACAAAGAACUUGACUCUCGAGCAGGUCGACCACCUGUUCGAGAAGCCUUACAACCCCUUCCGCAGCUUCGCGAAGCUCGAUAGGUGGACGAAGCACCCGGCCCUGCUGGAGCAGGGCCUGCAGGAGCCGGACCCUGCAUACAUUGACAGCUGGCCAAGCAGCACCGACAGCGACAAAGACAAGGACAUUAUGCGGUACGAGUCGGAUCUCAGAUAA